GUGCCCACGACGUUAGAGGAGUAUUAUGCAACAAAUUACUCCAAAUGCAAUAUAUCCUAUAAUUAUCUUGCUUCGUGGCAAGCAGUUUCAGCAGUUCGCACUUGGCUCAAUUUAUUGCUUUGCCUUUCCAAACCAUGUCAUUCCACAUUAUUCUUACCAAAACCCCGGAUAGAAUGAAACCGAUGCGAUUGCCGCUAUUUCUGAAUCACUUGUUCUGUGCUUUAUUUGAUUUCUAUUUAUGCACACUUUCGUGCUUAUACAUUUUCCCGCCAAUGAUGGCAUUCACUGGUCUUGGACUGCUUAGUUGGAUUGGGCCAUUCCUUUAUCAGGCAGUUGUUGGAGGAUUAGCGGCUGUUGGUAAGUUAGUUAAAUGUUUUAAAAGGCUAGGUUACGCAUUAUUUUUUCAAAAAUCGUCUCAGAGCUUGAUAAAGUAGCGUGAGAGCUCUUUGUUUGCUAACAAUAGAAACUGACAAAACUAUAUAGAUUCAGGUUUUCAGGCAUAUGUUUCAUUCCUUACAAUUAGAUUUUAUAAUUCAGUUUUUUUCGUUGAGCUUUUUUGUAUUAAACGUAAUUAUACAUUAAAAUUUUUGUAAAAUCUGUAGAUAUAUGUAUAUAUGAAUGAAAGUUAAAAACGGUUAGUCUAUAUAGUUACGUUUUUGGGAUGCCCAGGUUCCAUCUAGGACUGCGGAAAGGGCAAGCGAUUCAAGCAGCUGUACAAAAGAGGCACGUCCCCUCACGUCCUCGCUCCUGAUUUUUCGAAACGCUUCUCUGACUUCAUAAUCCGAUGAAAUUCUACUCAUAAAUGAUAGUUAUCUUUAUUAUUUCCAGCAAACUAGAUUGCCAAAGCUAAACUUUCGUCAUUGCAGGUGUUGUUGGUUCCUAUGUCUUUGUAUUUGAGAGCCGUAGCAGCUCGUUACUUCAAAAUCGAUUUCGAAUAUCUCGUAGACUAUCACGUCUAGUCUACUACAUUUACUUUAUAGGUCCUGCUAUGGCAGCAAUCGUAGCAAUACCCAUGUUUGCCGAGGAAACAGAUGCAGCAAAACUUGGAGAUUUAUCCACUUUGGAGAUUUAUCCUUGUCCCACACGAGAAUUUUUUAUACAUCCAGUUUGUGCGUUUGAGGCUCCGCCAAUCAUCAUUGUUCUUGGUAUAUUAUUCUUCCUGCUACAUUUAACUGGUUUUUUUUCAUGUCACCUGUCUCGUAUAUUACCUUUAUGGUUCCCCUUCACGCGUUAUCUCACACAAUAAUCGGAAAGAUCAGAAAGUAUUUUUAUACAGUGUCACGGUACAGCUUUCAGUAGCAUUUGUAAUGGCAGUUAUUCCAACAACCACCGUCUUCUUCACAUCGCAACUCGGAUACUAUCGUCAAGAAUGGAUGAACUUGGCUGCUGUCUGUUUCUCAUUCCAUGGUCUGCUGCUGAAAGCCUUGCAAUCAUGUUGGUGCACAAACUGUAUCGAGAAGAUAUUCGAAAGUAUUUGAAGAAAGAUAAUUCAAUUGUUGUCCGCAGAAGUCGAGAGUUCACCUUAUGA